AUGGUACAAGCUGGAGUGAAUAUUAACGAUAAUAGUGGUAGUCAAGAUUCUAACGAUAAUGUUUCUUCGACAACCUCUACAACAACUCAAAGAAACACGUCUUCCACAACGAAUUCACAAUUGCAAGACGAUGAUCAAAAUAUACGUUCCCGAAGCAAAGCAGUUUGUAAAUUAAAUUGUACUUAUUGUGA